AUGAUUCGCUCUAAAGGAGUGUGUGGAGUGCUCAUUCUUCUGACGCUUAAUUUUGGUGCCUGCUAUGGAUUCGCCUUUUCGUUCGGACGCCAUCCUGGGCCUGGAGAGUGGUCCCAGUUCAAUACGGCGUCGAUGGAUAUGCCACACGCAGUGGCGUCGCGCGGAUCACCCUUCUCGACGUCGUGCGUUCCGAUCCCACACAACAUGUCGCUGUGCCACGGCCUGGAAUAUCAACGGAUGAGAUUGCCGAACCUUCUGGACCACGACACGAUCGAUGAAGUUCUCGAGCAGAGUGCUUCGUGGGUCCAUCUGAAAAAACUUAGGUGCCAUGCCGACACGCAGAAGUUCCUCUGUUCGUUGUUCGCACCCGUCUGUCUGGAAACGCCGAUCUAUCCGUGUAGGAGCUUAUGCGAAGCCGUGCGCACGUCAUGCGAAAGUGCCAUGCUCAAGUUCGGUUAUCCUUGGCCCGAGAUGGUGAAUUGUGACAAGUUUCCCGAAGGCGAUAUGUGCGUUACCGCCGGAAGCAAGGACGAUGGAGAGUCGGCAGUCUGCAGGGCGUGCUCACAGCCCGCAAACUCCGAAAGUUUGCUGGACAACUAUUGCCGUGCAGACUUCGUGAUCCGUGCGCGCGCCCGGCGGGCGAAGGACGGUACUGUUCUCCGGACAAAAAUGAGCCGUAUCUUCAAAGUGACAGAGACGAUCAUUUCGAAGAAAGAUCUCAGAAGUCCCGAGUUUAGGAAUGCGAACAUGACGCAAUGCUGCUCCGGACUCGACCGGAAAAUCGCCAAGAAAAAUCCACAUCUCCUCUUAAUGGGAACGCGCGACGGCGACGGAAACUUAGUUCCAACAUUCAUCAUGGAGUGGAAGCGAGGUUCCGACGCAUUCAAGAAAGCGAUCAAGAAAAUGCAGAAGAUAAACUGCGCUCAUCCAGCCGUUGUCGGAAACAACCCGAUCGACCCAGUGACCGGCAGGAAAACCGAGUCCGCUCGGAGGGAUCGACAGCCCGACUCGAACGGCGGUAGCCAGGAGAGCGACGACGAGGACUCGAUGGAAGUUAAAAAAGAGCAGCCGAAGAUACAGUUCGAUCUGUCGGAAAACUUCAGACGCGAGAUGGAACUGCAUAACAUCGCUGCGCAGCAAGAGAAGGCUCGGGAGGAGGAAUUGGCCCGCAGGGAGAAACGUCGCAAGGAUCGCCGUCGUAAACUCGAACGCAGAAAGCCAGAAACCCCCAGAACCGACGAGGACGCCGAAGAAGUGAGCUCCGAGCCGAAAACAAGAACUCUGCCCCCGAAGAGAAAACCGACAUCCACAACAACCGAAGACGCGGCGGAGGACGUCCGCGAGGCCGCGACUGAAGCAUCGCACCCAAGAGGAGGUCAGCCCUUCCAUGACCUGACCUAUCAUAAAACAGGAAACGGUGAACUGGAGAUGGUAGUGGAGCCCCCUGCGGAAAACACCGACGAGAUAAAGAUCGAGAAGAAGAUCGACCUCCCUCUCGAGCAUCACGGCUCGCAUCGCUCGGAGGGGCAUCGUGAGUCUCCACGACACCACGACGCGCAUCUCCCGGGCCUGAAGUCGCACGGCGAUGCUCAUCCGAGUGACCACCAUCAACAGAAACAUCACAUCGAAGCUCACGAGGAUCACGCAGUCGCACGGCACGAUCAUCCAACUAACCACAAGGAGCAUCACUCGACAGCUCAGGAAGGAGGUCCGACCACACAUCAAGAGCAUCCGAACAAAGAAGUUCCGCUGCACCGUGAAGACGACCCAUCGGCGAAGGUUCAUCACCACCACCAUCAUCACCAUCACAUCGAGGAAACGGCCGAGAUUGCGACGACCACAGAAUCCGCGGCGACUGAAAUUCCCAUGCGACCGGGCGAUGGAGAAGAUGCCACCGCGGACGACUCCAUCGCCAUUCCCAGUAAAGACGAAAUUCUCAAACUCGCCGGAGAGGAUCCUUCACAUCAUAAAGCCCACCACACCCACCACCAACGGCAGCAACACGCCACCGUGAGGGUUAUCGAGGAUGACGACCUGGUCACCACGGAGGACGUGAGAAAACCUCACGAGAUCCGACAUGAAGAACAUUCCAAAACUCACAGGGAGUACCAUCAUGAAGUCAAAGCUCCUGCUUCCGCGACACCCGAGGAGGAAAUGUCGACGAUGCCCCCAGUAAAAGAGGAAUUCAUCACGGUGCUGCCUGUCAUUCCGGAUGAAAUGAAGGGCGAAGCUGAGGGCGACGCGACGGAAACUGAUGACUUGACAACGAGCACUACCGAAGCCGUCAGAACUCUCCCAACAACGCUGACGACGACAACGACCACCACGACGACGAUUGAGACAGCAUCAGAGCCCCCGACCUCGGUACCGCGUCGUGGACGCAAGAGGAAGAAUGGUCGCAGGAGACAUCACAAGAAAAAGAAGAAGGAAUACGACGUUGAAGGUGUACCCCAAGACGAAUGAACAUCCGCACCUUCUGCCGGGCAGCAGCGUCUCCGAUGAAACGAGCAAGGAAAAAGGGCUGAUGUGUUGUAACGUGUUGUAAAUAAGUAUUGCCGUACUCGUCAUUGGGUCGUGUACAGUUAUGCGGCGAGCGGGAAUCCCGAAUGAAUUGUUGUUGCCAAAGUGAAGGGCUCGCUCUUCGUGCCGAAAUGGCGUCUCGGUCUUUGGAUUCGCCGCUGGUCGCACCUCCAAAACUUUAUUCCAAUGAACUCUCAGACAUCAAUUCGAAAGUUGCAUAUCACAGCGCGUUCGUCCGAGGCAUCCUCGAGCUUCCGCGAUAACAUCCGACGGAGAACGCUUGAAUUUACACUUCAACGGCGCUGAGCACACAAAGCUGUCUGAAUGGAGCAGAACGAAGACGAGAUGUAAAAUUAAAUGAAAUACAGCUGGGCGGUAGUCGUCCAGUGAAUUCCGGACGGUCGUGGCCUAUCUGAAUAGACCGAA